AUGUGGGCCACGGUCGCGGUGGGGGGAUACGACAAUGUGUUCCUGUUGAUCGGCAGCGGAGAACAGGCUCCCUGCAUCAUGUGGCUUACUCUGGCGAUGCUUUGUGUAACCCAGUGCCAGGCCUACCCGGUUUGGUCUUCAGUCGGCAUGGUGUUCUGCCUGGCCUGCUCUUCGCUCACUUGGGGGCUGGGCUUAGCCAUGGCGCCCGCCGUUUUGGUGCAGUUUUAUUUGCUUGAGUCCCCGUCGCUUCGCAGUUCUGGCUUGCGUUGGAAAUGGUUCUUGAUGUGGGCAGGCGUAGUUGGGUUGAUCGCUCUGGUGCACUUGGUUUUGAGAGCCGUGAACCAAGAUCCCACAACGGCAGGCGCGAUGGCGUGGAAUAUGCCGUGGCGAUUUGUGGUUCAAUUCGCCGCGGCUUUCGGCAACCUGAUCGGGUUUUCGCACUCGCAGGCAAGCAGUUCCAUCGCCCUGAAGGUGACAUUGGUUACGCUGCUGCUCGCCGCUGCGUUUUUUUACGGUGGGAAUUCACGACGCGUCCUCUGUGUCUUUCUGGCGGCCACGGUGGGUUACGUCGCGGUGCUGGUCGUCUUUCGUGCCGAUCGUGACUUGUUCGAUGGACGUUACCUCUACGUUCCUUCGCUGCUCUGGUGUGUUGUUGCUGGCGUUUUUGUUGGCGGGGUCUAUCGCCACCGGCGGGCGUUGGGAAGAAAGUUGCUGGUGGCGUGUGUGAUGCUGGCCGGCCUCUUGCACGUUUACCAUCAAAGAGCAAUCGCUGGGGAGGCAAGAGCCCAGUUCGAUCAGUACCUGACAAUCACGGAAGAGACGCUUGAAGGCUACAAGGCGCUGCUUGUUCAACUUGAACAACAGGCGCAGCUUUCUGGAAAUGCCGUGCGUUUGCCGGAUUUCCCGAUAGUGGUGCCCCCGAACUUCUAUCCCACCUACUUUCCUUUUUCGGCCUGGGUUGCCGUCGUUCGCGACGAGCUGCCGCAAGGAGUCGAACUCUUGGAGCCCGACGAAUUGACGCCCCAGGAGAUAGAAUCCGCUGCGACGUUUCUGGAGAGCCUCGACUUGCUCCAGGCCCGACAGGCGGCGCAUGCCCUGCGUACCGCCGUGCCCGAUAGUAGGAGUCUGAUGUGGCUUUCAGAAUUCGCACAGCAGCACGAAAUUGUCAUCUUAGUACCGAACUUCACCUUCGCUUAUCCGGAGCUGAAUCUGAGCUAUCCGGUGAUACAGUGCUUAUCGAACGCGUUUGAUCAAUCGCUGCCCGGGUUGAGGGUGGUUUCAGUGGACGAUGUUCCAAAAGCAGAACUGUCUCAGCAGCUCGAACUGCUCGAGGCCAGUCCAGAUCGAGAGGCGAUGUUUCAAUGGGCCGGGGGAUUCGGCGGCUUGGCCCUGUGUGGACUCUUGGGCUCUUGCAGUCGCUCGACAAAUAACGACCGCGUUGCCCUUUCUCCCCCUGUGCCCUCGAAGGCGAAGCACGUCGUGUUCUUGUACAUGGACGGCGGGCCUUCACAGAUGGACACUUUCGAUCCCAAGCCCCGGCUCGACAAAGAUCACGGUAAGCCGAUCGCCAUGGCGAAGGUACCGGAAACGCAAUUCCGGAUCGGCAACAUGGUGAUGAAGUCGCCCUACAAGUUCAAACAGCAUGGGCAAUGUGGAGCCUGGGUCAGCGAUAUCUUUCCCGAGGUUGCCACCUGUGUGGAUGACUUGGCGAUCAUUCGUUCGAUGGUGGCCGAAAACUCGGAACAUACGGCGGCCAACUAUUUCAUGAACACGGGCUGGCCCAUUGCUGGGCGCCCCAGCAUGGGGGCCUGGGUCACAUACGCCAUGGGCUCCGAGUGCGACGAACUGCCGGGUUACGUCGUGCUCGACACCGGACAAAUGCCAUUAGGCGGGGUUGAGUGUUUCAGCAACGGCUUUCUACCGCCGAUGUAUCAGGGCACGCUCCUCCAUCGGGGCAACUCGCCGGUGCCCGACAUUCGCCCGUUGGAACCAUCGACCGAGCUGCAGACCGCCAAGCUGGAACUGAUCCAACAGCUCAACGAGCGGCAUCGCAAGCGGAUGGCGUCGCUCGGCUCGGCCGAACAAAUCGAAGCCGUGAUUGCCAACUAUGAAACCGCGGCCAAGAUGCAGCUGGCGGUGCCCGACCUUACCGACAUCAGCGACGAGACCGAGGCGACACGGCAGCUCUACGGGUUGGAUCGACCUGAGACCGAAGAGUUUGGCCGGCAGUGUCUGCUCACCCGACGUCUUAUCGAGCGGGGCGUGCGGUUCAUACAACUACUGCCGCCUUCGCUACCAGACCACAACCACUGGGACCAACACACCAAGUUGGCUCGCUACCACCGCAGCAACGCCCAGGCGGUCGAUCGCCCAAUCGCCGGGUUGCUCAAAGAUCUCAAGCAGCGUGGCAUGUUGAAUGAAACGCUCGUCAUCUUCGGGGGUGAAUUUGGGCGAACCCCCAUGGCCCAAGAAAUGCCGCACGGCGAACAUGGCCGCGACCAUAACCCGUUCGGUUUCACGAUGUGGAUGGCCGGCGGCGGAAUUCAACCCGGGCUGACCUAUGGUGCGACCGACGAGUACGGCUACUUCGCUGUCGAGAAUCCGGUCCACGUCCACGAUCUUCACGCGACGAUUCUGCAUCAACUAGGCCAGAAUCACGAACAGCUGACCUAUCACCACGGUGGCCGCGACUAUCGCCUGACCGAUGUCUACGGUGAAGUGGUUCACGACCUGAUCAUCUAG